CCUGAAAGUGAGAACAGGCGUUCACAUGACACUGUUGUAACCGGCGUCGCAAGAUAUUUACGUGCCAGAUGCACUUUAACGGGAGUUGAAGAUACUUCUUAUCUUGCAGGAUCAGGACCCUUUUUAGCAUGUGAUUUCCAGCACGUAAAAUGCCUUGUGAAUGAUGUCAUUUAAUAAGUCCAAAAGAAGAAGACAGAACUAGAGACAGAGUUCAUUUCAGGAAACGUGUUGCUAAAUUCUUAAACCAUACAAGAAUUAUCAGCUUCUGGCACCCAUGCCAAGAAAGGCACAACACUGAUACAGUGGAAGAGAUUCCUCCUGAUGGUACUUAAUCGGUCAAAUUCUGCGGUCAGCUACACAGUGCAAGUCAAUGAAGUUACUCUAGAUUUACACAGGUGUAACUCAGAAGAAUUUGGCACAAUAACUUGUUGCAAAAUGAUAGUUCCCCCCACCUCAAGUUCUAACUAUAUAGGUUUUUAUAUCACUCUCAUGACUCUAGAAUCUGAGCACCUUCUAGUAGUGCAAUCAGCAACCAUUGCACGAGAGCCAAGAAUACUUUAUCAACUGCCAGCAUGUUCUAAAUCAGAAAAAAUAGAGGAUGCAUUAUUAUUGGAAUGCCCGUUGGGGGAAACGCUUCCCAGUCCACCAGACUAUAAAUCUUCUCUUGCAGUUUUGACUGCUCAUAACUGGCUUCUUCGUCUCUCUGCUAAUACUGGAGAAAUACUGGAAAAAAUAUACCUCCCACCCUACUGCAAAUUCAGGUAUCUGAGCUGGGACACUCCUCAAGAGAUUAUGGUUGUCAAGUCAGCUCAGCAUAAACUUCCAGCAGCAGCACAGCAGGCAGGCAUCCAGCAAUCUGUGCUAUUCUUUCUUGCUGUAUUCAGAGUUCUACCUCUGAAAUUUAUUGGAAUGCUGGAGAUAAACAAAAAAAUAUUUGGGAACAAUGUAACAGAUGUCGCUCUCUCUCAUGGAAUGCUGAUUGUGAUGUACAGCAUGGGUCUGGUCAGGCUCUAUAGCUUCCAGUCUCUCUCUGAGCAGUUCACAGAGCAGCAAUUUGAUUUGGGAUGCAAAUGCAACUGGAAUGGUAAAGUUGGAAUUGUAGGAAAGUAUCCAUUUGGACUUCCUUGUAACAUUAAAAUAACAGAUACCCCACCUUUGCUAUUUGAAGUGUCUUCCCUGGAGAACUCAUUUCAAAUUGGAGGAUACCCUUGGCAUUACAUCAUCACACCUAACAAGAAAAAGCAUAAAGGAGUCUUCCAUAUUUGUGCUCUGAAAGACAAUGCUUUGGCAAAAAAUGGCAUACAGGAUAUGAAGUGCUGUUCAUUAGAACCCGACUGGAUAUAUUUCCAUCCAGAUACUUCAGGCAGAAUAAUCCACGUGGGACCAAAUUUGAUAAAGAUAUUGAAGCUGAAGGAAAUUGAAAAUAAUAAAUACCAACAAGAAAUAGCAGAAGAUUUUGUCAUCGUGGCCAACAGGCAGAACAAUGCGAACAACUCAGUAACUGUAACCGCUUCUGGUCGAGUAGUGAAAAAGCGUUUUAACCUGCUGGAUGAUGACCCAGAACAAGAGACUUUCAAAAUUGUGGACUAUGAAGAUGAGCUGGAUUUGUUAUCCGUUGUGGCAGUUACUCAGAUAGGAGCUGAUGGGAAAGCUCACCUUGACUUUCACUGUAAUGAACAUGGGAUUCUACUUAAGAGUAUUCCAUUAGUGGAAUCUUGGGAUGUGACUUACAAUCACGAGGUUUACUUUGACAGAGACAUUGUGUUACAUAUAGAACAAAAGCCUAACAGGAUCUUCAUCUGUUAUCUUUACCAAAUGGUCUGUGAUAGUGCAGAGGAAGAUGAACAUUCAAGCCUUGAAAAAGUGGAGAGAGUUUUUUGUAAAAAAGGGGAGAGAAUUUUUGAAUGUUUUUAAGAGAGAAAGACUUCUGCAUAGACUUCACUCUACACAAUAUCCACGGACUUUGUCUCUUUGGACUAGUCAAAUAUUAUGUUUCAACCACUGUGUGUUAAAAUGUAUAUUUUGAGCUUAAGUAUUUGUAUUACUGUCAGGGUUUUUUAAUUUAUCUUUUGCAUAUAAAGAUAGUCGUAUGUAUUUCCAUAGACCACAAUUUAACUUCAUUUAUUUACCUUUUACUUUUGCUACUGAUUAUGAUAUUGUAACACAAAUAAUGAUCAGAUUUAUUGUCCUUGUCCACUAACCAGUCUGAUUGAAAUACUGGGUAUCAGGCACAAGGACUUGAACUUACUGACAUCCAUACUGUUCUGUAUUCUCUUUUACUUAUGCUUGGAUCUUAUAUUGCAACUUUCUUUUAAUUAGUCUAUAUUAAAGUAAAGUUUUCUGGGCUAAAAUUAUAUAGCUAAUGAAGUUAAUCUGUAAUGUGGUUGACAGCUCCAGGGCCUCCACUAUCACUGGCAAAAUAUACUUGUAUUGAUACUAUCUAAUAUUGGAAUCCAUAUGUCACCUUUUUAAUUCAAUUUUAAAGAGUAAUUUCUUAGGAAUAUUAAUGGUAUAUAUUAAAAUAGAAAAUUUAAACAAUAUGAAUCUGAACCCAACAAAUAUUUAAACAUUCAAAAUACAACUGCACCCUGCAGUACCUAGGCUGUGUUGGUGGAUAUUUUGUAAUUUAUUAUCCAGUAUAAAACAAGUCCAGAAAAACAAUGCUUAUGUUACAUGUAGAAGUAGUUCAGGGUCUUUUGAAUAUGAAAGUAGUUGAGACCGCCUACAGAUCCAGGAUGAGGGCCGUGGUUGACAAAUCCACUACUCAGGCACAGUGGAGCAGCCAAACACAAGGACAAGCUCCUCUGCAGGAGACAGGUCUUUCCUCAGGAUCUGGUCCCAUGCUGUGGAACGAAUUCCCACAGGAAGUAAGCACCACCAUAAACCUCACCACCUUUCACUCCAUGUGCAAGGCAUGCUUCAACUUGUCUUCUCUAAUAUAAA